AUGGAACAUUUCGAUAUCUUUAAAAUUCCCGAGAAUCCAAAAUUGAAAUUCGGCGAGCCGCUGAGCGAUGUUUGCGACAACGGCAUCUUCCACAGUGGCUUGAAAGACUUGUAUCUUAAGGCGUACUUGAGUGCCAAGGGUGACGAUGUUGCCGAGUCGUGUAACGAGGGCACGAACGUUAAUAAAAUAUCGAGGAUCCUGCUCGCUUUAAAAUCCGGAUCGGACGGCCAAGGGACGCUGCACCAGAGAAUCAGCUUGAUGGCUAAGCUCGAGGCAGGUCGGUGGCUGAUGCCCGUGCAGACACCUGCCGGAGCACCACUGUGGCUCCUCCGUCAUUUCCUCGGUCGCUUACCCCAGCCUCUCCUCCAAGGUUCACAUUGGAAAACCAUCGGCGAAACUUGCGGAGCUUCGGCAUUUUCCAGAACUGAGGAAGUUAUUGAAAGGAUUUCCGUGUCGGUAAAGGCAUUGAGCCGAACGGAGUUCGAAGUUUUGGCACUUUUAACGCUUCUCAUCAAUAGAUUAUCUUUAAUAGAUCAGCCUAGAGAUAAGGAAGAAUUUUCCAAUGAUGUUUUAUGCGCCCUGAGCGAGUACUUUAUAGCGUCGAUUAUUACACGACCGUACAGGCCUGGAUUAAACACAAAACUCGAUAAAAAGUGUCAGCCACUACUUAUCUUUAUGUCGAAAAAUUGGAAUGCGAUUUUCGAAAAAACAUCGAGAACGGCAUUCUUCGACCACUUGUCUACUAACAAAAGACUACAAAAGUCUUUGUCUACGGAAUUACAUUCAUAUUUUCAAAGCAACAAUUGUAACACAAAGCACACGGACAAUCAAAGUUCUAACAAAUUUAUAGGAUUCGAGCCUUUAUUAAUCGAGGACAAUAUUAAUCGAUCAAAGAAAAACCCUGAUAAUGAUAUUCGAUCCAAAUCCUCACUCCAAAGAAACAUAUUUGAUAAUUUACUAUUAAGCGAAUCGAGUAGCGAAGAGAAUUUUUCCGAAAUCGAUAUACUGGAACAUUUUGAAAGUGACGCGGAGAGCGCGAAAAAUUUUUUCCCCCACCAUUCCACACUUACCAAAGAUAAUAAUAUAAAAGCCCAUAUGGUGAAAGACGAAGAUCUUUUACUAAAAGAGACAGCAAGUACUUCGGCUUUAUUGCCUUCAAAAAAAACGGAUUUUGGUACGAAAUCGAACCUAAAAUUACGUAAACGUGCAUUAUUUUGCAAUCGUUUCCCACAGAAUUUAUUAAUUAGUCGAUUAGAUAAAGUCCAAAAUAUUGUAAAUACCAGCUCUACAGAAUAUGAAUUCUAUAGUAUUCCGAAUUCGGAAAAUUCGGAUUAA